AUGGACUCAGACAUGGCCUUCAGCUGCAGCUCUGUCCCUGACAUCACCAUGGCAUUGGAUAGCAGUCAAGGCCAGGAGCACAGAGGCACCAUGAUGACCAUGCAGCUGCUCCUGCUGACUGUGGUUAUGACCCUGCCUUCUGUGGAGCAAAAAUCAUUUGGGAAUUUAGAAUUUGAUGUCACUGCUGAUGAGCUUCUAGGAAAGUGGUACAUAGUUGCCUGGGCGGGAAAUGUGCUUCUUCCUGAAAAGAGGAAGUUGAGCCCACUGCCACCCUUCACAUUCGUCAGGAACAUUAUUGGCAAGUUGGAGUUCAGGAUGAACAUCUCAAAACCCAUCGGGUGUAUUGAGUUCAGGAUAUAUAUGGAUGAACAUAAAUCUGUGCUUGGUGUCUUCAAAAUCUGGCCAGAACACAUCAUCAGAUUCGUAUUUGUGCAAGGGAAGGACUUCGCUGUAGCCGCUUAUAUUAACAGAAUGAAUAAAUACAAGUUGACAAUGCUCAUGGGUCGCAACAUGACUCCAAAGCGAAUAAUACUAUCAGAGUUUGAGGGUUUUGUGGUAAAUUUAGGGCUGAACCGAACAGACAUCAUCCGCCCUAAAUGUGAUGAUUCCUGUGAGCUGUCGAUUUAA